CCCCCUGGCGACUGUCACUUCCGUAUGGUCGUAUUAAGCAACACGCCGAGGCUCGACACACAAACGUAUACACACUAAGUCCAAACUGCGCAUAAAACCCAGUAUUUUCACAGUGAAAUGCAUAUCAAAACAGGUACUUGGGAGUCAAGCAAUGCAGUGUGCGAGUCUGAUCCCUUGUGUGAUCCGGCUGUCCUAGUGUCACCUAAACCAGAACCACACAUCCGAAACAGGCGUCUCUCCCCUGGCUCUGGCAGCUGCGGUGGGGGAGGAGGAGGCUGUUCCUCUAGGAUGGAUAAACUGUCUCGCCAGGCCUCGCCGAGCAGUCCGGAAGGUUCUCUCAACGGGAUGGGUCACACCCAGACAUUUGCCUCCACCUGGGACAGAGAGCGGCGCGCCCCGAAUAAAGGAAGAAGCUUUCGGAGAGACGGUCCGAGACAGGGGCCUCGUUCAGAAGAGAGACUCUUCAAAACUGGUCAGAACCAGAUGCAAAAGGAAAGAUGGGUUGAAAACAGCUUGUCUUUGCUCAAACCCCCACCUGCUUUUCCGGUGAAAGACAGCCCAGCCAAGCUGCAGCCGGCUGUAAGCUACGCUUCUAAAGUAAAGGCAGGGGGAGGCUCUCUCGGGGCAGCAGAGGAACCCCUGGGUAUCGGGGUUUUACUGCAGAACCAGUGGGGACUCAGCUUUAUCAGCGACGGUCCGGCGGCCGAUGAGCCACAAGCCGAACCACCCAAGAGUCCAGUUGUGCACCCGGUUGCAGGAGAGGUUAUUGUAAAACCAGCCCAGUCUUCAGAUACUCUACCCAGUCAGGUCCCAAGGGGCUCAGAGAGUUCAGAGGAGCUUCUGCUUAGCUGUCGCCACCUGGAGGAAGCAUUGGAGUAUCACACGCGAGAAUGGAACGCAAUAUUACGGAGACAAAAACAAGACCCUGUAAAAGUUGUUUGGUACAAGGAGACCCUGGAAUCACCAGCCUAGCACACACUAACACAUUU